AGACAGACACCCUCCCCACCACCCCCGCCGCGAGCAUGCAGACGCACGCUCGUACGUAGGCACGUAGGCAAGUCCCUCCUUACGCAGGCACGCACGGCCCACCAGCGGGCGGGGGAAGAGCGGCGAGGUCGGCAGCGCCCCGCCCAGUCGGCAAGGUUGCGCGUGCCCAGGGCGGCCGCCAAGAUGGUGGUUGGAGCAUUCCCCAUGGCGAAGCUGUUCUACUUAGGCAUCCGGCAGGUUAGCAAGCCGCUGGCCAACCGCAUCAAGGAUGCCGCCCGCCGCAGCGAGUUCUUCAAGACCUACAUCUGCCUGCCGCCAGCCCAACUGUACCACUGGAUAGAGAUGCGGACCAAGAUGCGCAUCAUGGGCUUCCAUGCUGAGGCCAUCAAGCCACUGAAUGAGGACGCAGCAGCCGAGCUGGGUGCAAACCUGCUGGGUGAAGCGAUCGUCUUUGCCACCGCGGGCAGCUGUCUGCUGCUAGAGUUCUGGCGCCAGAAGUCAUCGAAACACCGCAGGGAAGCGGCGCGCGUGGCCACGGUACUGUCUCUGCAGGAGGAUGUGAUCCACCUGGAGGACGUGCUAGACGAGUUGCAGGUGCAGGUGCAGGCAGCAUUGCCCAGGAGCGCACUGGAUGAGCUGCGGGCAGAGCUGCGGGCAGAGUUGCGAGAGGAGCUGCGGGCGGAGCUGCAGGCAGAGCUUCAAGUGGAGCUGAAGGAGUUCAAAACCCAGAUUUGUGAAGAUCUCUAUGAGCCGGAGCUUGAGCCUAAACCCCAGUGCCCUGAGGCCCCGGAGAAGUAGAGGCCGAAGGACUCUGACCUUGGAUGUGGACUGUUGUUGUCUGGGCUUGUCACACGACUGGUCUCUCUGCAUGGGCCCACCCCCAAACUGUGCCAGCUAACAUGCCCUGUCUCUGGAGACAGAUGGGUCCUAGGCUGGGGGUGGUGUGAGUGCUCCUUUCCACAGGGUCUCUUUAACCCAUUGGUGAGACAUGCCAGAGACCCUUCCAGCUCCCCAACCCCAAACCACCAGUGCUUGAAUGCUGUACUUGGAAAGGAGGCCAGCGUGUUGGGGAGCCACCUAACAACCCUUUGCCUAGGGCACUGGCCUAUCACACUGCAACACUCCCUGCCUUAGGGUCUGGAGCUCCACCUCCUUCCAUCUACCUCACUUUUUAGGGAAAGAGGACAGGGUCCGCCCUGCCCUGCCAAGUCACUCUGGCCCUUUACUGGCCUGUUGUAAAGACUCCCCUGCACCCUUAACAUGUGGGCCAGUUCCACCACCCACCUGUUUCAUGGCAUUCUCAGGGACCACCCUCCCUUCCUGCCUUUGGUGUUCGAGGUAAAAAGCCACUUAAAAUAAGGCAAACAGUAGCCUUACCUUCUGUCCAGAUGGAACAUUCCAGAAGACCAAUUAACUACCUUACCCACUCCUUUGCUAACCUACUGGGUCACGAAGGAGUGGUUUAUGAGUUUUAAAUGUUUUAUAAUUAAAGGUGCCCCAGGUUAAAGAGUGUGUCUCAAACCAUCAUUUGCUGAGUGGGCAGACGUGUCAUUCAUUCCCGUUAGGAAGGAACUAGGAGAGGGGGCUUCUAGUCACAAGGGAGGCAGUCAUCUUUUGAGACCCUUCCCAGGUAAAGCUGUAAGACUUAACCACACAGUCCGCAGACACUGCAGGAUGGAGGAAGCAAGCUGGUGAAGACCAUAGAGGGAAAGGACGGGAAAGGACAGAAUGCAGGCCAGAACCAGGAAUGUAUGUAGAACCAGUGAGAAGCAGAAGGCAGUAGAAUCUUUGCAAGGGUGCCCAGAGCUGUCAGCAACCCCCUCUCCUGGUGGGAUAUCUCCCCUCUUAGAUAGCUGCCAUUGAUGGGACAUAGCAUUUAAAGUGCUCCAGAGACCUUUGCAUUUAUAAAAACUGCAGAUUUAUUCAGCGAGGGCCCGUAUCCAAGAAGCUAUGGUGGAGAAGUCGGAGGACCUACUUUUCCUCUUCUUUCCCUCACUUCAUCUUCCCGGAGGGCAAAAAUGGUCUGGACCCUGAAAUCCUAACCCAAAUAAAAAAAACCACAAAACUGAGGUUCCAAAAAAGUUAAAGAAUCUUAAUUCCUCAUAGAAAAGAGGGAGGAGCCAAGGCAAAGGGGGAGGUGUCCCAGGGGUGGUGGGAUACCUCUCCUCUUACAUAGCUGCCUCCGAUGGGAUAAGCCUGGGGUAUAGCAUUUAAAAACUCCCACACCCCAUUUUAUCAAAACCAAAGAGAAAAAAAAUUCCCUUCCCCCCCAAACCCAAAUAUAUAUAUAUACUUUUUCUUAAAAAAAAAAAUUCCAAGGCAUUAAAGCGUUAAAGUGAAUCCAGAACAAGAGAAGGUGAGAUCCCCUCCUUCCUUCCCUUACUGUGGGGUUACUCUUACAUCCCCAGCAGAGGAACCAGCCCCAAGGGGAUGGUGAAGGGGAAGGACCAAAGGGAACAAAGGGGUGGGACCUCCUUAUCCAAUCAGCAGCCAGCGUGGGUGUGACCAUGGCACCAGGAAGCCACACCCCCUGUGGAAUCUUCCAAGUGGGAGCUGGUAGGGGAAAACGCAUUCUUGUAUAACUCUUGGUCAAGUCGAGGCAGGGAAAGCAGGUGCCAGGCAAAAAGUACAGAAAGAAGAAAUGGGUCUUCUGGAUCCCUGUAGUCAAGGAGAACCCCGCUUCCUCAGCUCCUGGACAAAGACUGGAAGGAAUGAGAGACAAGUUAGGCCAGUCUCUGUCGCCUGCCUUCCCUUCCAAGGCAGGCGCUUUCCAGGGGCAAAAGAGCCUGUGUUAGAACCGAAGUGCCUCACCUUCGAUUAUUUCCUCUUUCAUUUUCUGCAGCUCCUUCCGCACCUCUUCUAGAAGCUCCUGAAAGGAACCAAUCAAGAGGAGUCCCAGACUCACACAAACAGUGACCCCUCUCUUAUUCCAACUUUUCUAAGACAUAGUUGCCAAGGUCACAGAAUGAUGGAAAUGUUCUAUAGGAGAGUUCUAGAUCUUUGGGGCCAGCAGAACAGUAUUGGAGAACAUCCAGUACCAAGCUUGCCAAAUGUACAGUCUCCUGCCAACUCUUGACUAGAGAUGGAUAGCUGGAGCCACUGAACCACAGAAGAUUCUGGGGACUCAGCAGGAAUGAGUGAUAGACUGUCUCUGAGCCACCUCAGGGGACGACAGUCUCCCGCACCAUGUCAUCAGGCAGCACCACCACUCAAAGACACAAAGAAGCUGGGUGCAGGUCGCUCAGGAGGCUGAGGCAGGAGCAUGGCAAGUUCAGCCUGGGCUAGACAUGAGAGAGAAAGGAAGAGAGAGGACAGGAAGGGGAAGAGGCCCAAUCAGCACUACCACAGCCUAACCCUGAACCGCAGCAUGUGGAUGAACUCUGCUCACCUCCGGGCCAGCAUGGCGUUCAUCUCUUCCAUAAGCCCCCCACCAGUGCUUCGACUGUUCUCAGCUUUGGGGGCCAGGGGCCCCCCAGAGGCCUCCUCCUGCUGAAAGAAUGAAAAAGGGGGGGAGAAGGUUUCACAGGUAGGCCAGGUAACCUCCCAGCCCUCUUGUGACACCUUUGGGGGACUCUGACCACCUCCCAUUGUCCCCUCAGGGCUUCAUCCCAGCCACUCCCAGAUACCUCCUUACCUUGCUCACUUUCCUGAGUUUGGCUCCAGCAAUGGCAGCAGCCAGGCCUGGGGCCCCGGAACCCCCACUACUGGGGCCCUGUGCUGUAGGGAGUGGGGGUGCAGGGGGUGGGGCUGCCCCUGCUCCAUGACCUGGCCCAGAUACCCCUGAAGGGGGCAGACCUGGGGGUGGGGGUGGACCCGGAGGAGGGGGAGGUCCUGGAGGUGGAGGAGGGCCCCCAGCUGGGGGAGCAGGUGGACCUCCUGCAAUAAACACAGAGAAUGGUAAA